AUUCAUAAGUGAAGCCGAUAACAGAUCCAAUACUAGGCCCAUUAACAAGCUUCUAACUCUAAAACAUUGAGCUUACCCAAAAGCAUCAUCAAAACCAAAACCUUUGAAUGAUCUCUCUCUCUCUCUGAAUCUUGAUCUCCAAAACAAAUCCCUGGUAUCUCUCCAACCCUAGAUUCCUUUUCUAUUGAAUCGUGAUCCUUCACUCAUCAAUUCGAUUACUUCUAUGUAACCAAUGCUUGAUCUCUAAAGAUACAGGUUCUGAAGAUCGAAUCAGGGUUCUGAUCUACUCAGAAACGCUUCUGAUCUUCUGGGUCUUGCUCAAGUUAGUUUCUUUAUCAUCAAACCAUCGAAAGUCUUGAGUCUAAUAGUGUGAGCUCGAUCUUGGGCUGAAGCUAUGGCGCAGAGUAAUUGGGAAGCUGAUAAGAUGCUUGACGUUUACAUAUAUGAUUAUUUGGUGAAGAAGAAACUUCAUAACACUGCUAAGUCUUUUAUGACUGAAGGCAAAGUCUCUCCUGAUCCCGUUGCAAUUGAUGCUCCUGGAGGUUUUCUUUUCGAGUGGUGGUCUGUGUUCUGGGACAUCUUCAUUGCAAGGACGAAUGAGAAACAUUCAGAGGCUGCUGCAGCUUAUAUUGAGGCACAGCAAGGUAAAGCAAGGGAGCAACAACUUCAAGUGCAGCAAAUGCAGAUGAUGCGCCAAGCUCAGAUGCAGCAGCGUAGGGAUCCUUCUCUUGGUGGUCCAAUGAAUGCUAUUGGUUCUGAAGGGAUGAUUGGGCAGUCUAAUGCAAGUGCUAUUGCUGCAAAAAUGUACGAGGAGCGUAUGAAGCAACCAAAUCAAAUGAACACUGAUACAUCCCAACCCCAUAUGGAUGCAAGGAUGGCCCUUCUCAAAUCAGGAACAAACCAUCAUAGUCAGAUGGUCCAAGGGAAUCAUCCGGGAGGUGUUUCCGCAGCACUGCAGCAACUUCAAUCACGAAGCCAGCAGACUCCUGAAAUAAAAACUGAAGUUAAUAUUGGUGCAUCUCCAAGACAACUGCCAGUGGAUCCUUCUACAGUUUAUGGCCAAGGAAUCCUGCAAUCAAAGCCUGGGAUGGGGAAUGCAGGAUUAAACCCUGGGGUAGGUGCUCUUCCCUUAAAGGGAUGGCCAUUAACUGGCAUCGAGACAAUCCGACCAGGUUUAGGCCCUCAAGUUCAGAAAGCCUUCCUUCAAAACCAAAGUCAGUUUCAGCUCUCGCCGCAGCAGCAGCAACAGCAACAGAUCCUGGCUCAGGUUCAAGGACAAGGAAAUCUGAAUAAUUCAUCCAUGUAUGGAGGAGACAUGGACCCUCGAAGGUUUACGGUAUUACCUAGAGGAACGAAAGAUGGUCAACAGAAUGCAAAUGAUGGAUCUAUAGGUUCCCCUAUGCAGUCCAGUUCGUCUAAACAUAUAAACAUGCCACCGGUUCAGCAAUCUUCUUCUCAGCAACAAGAUCCUUUACUAUCACAGCAAUCACAGCAGAACAACCGCAAAAGAAAGGGACCUUCCUCUUCUGGUCCUGCUAACAGUACAGGGACCGGAAACACGGUAGGCCCAUCCAACUCACAGCCGUCAACUCCGUCAACGCAUACCCCUAUCGAUGGAUCUGGUAUAACUGGUAACAUGCAGCAUAUGAACAACAUGCCAAAGGGGCCAAUGAUGUAUGGUUCUGAUGGAAUAGGUGGUCUUGCAUCAUCAGCAAACCAACUGCUGCAGGAUGACAUGGAACCUUUUGGAGAUGUGGGAGCACUAGAAGACAAUGUAGAAUCGUUUUUGUCCCAAGAUGAUGGAGAUGGAGGAAGCUUGUUUAACCCCACCACCCUAAAGCGGAACCCUUCUGAGCAUGCCGAACCCCCAAAGGCUUUUAGUUUCAGUGAGGUUAGUUCUAUAAGAAGAAGUUCCAAUAAGGUCAUCUGCUGCAAUUUCUCAUCUGAUGGGAAGUUGCUGGCUAGCGCUGGACAUGAUAAGAAGCUUUAUAUAUGGAACAUGGAAACACUAAUAACUGAGAGCGCUCCUGAAGAACAUGGUCAUAUCAUCACAGAUGUUCGCUUCAGACCUAAUUCAACUCAACUAGCUACGUCCUCCUUUGACAAAACUAUCAAAAUCUGGGAUGCCUCUGAGCCUGGUUACUUUGUAAGAACGAUUACUGGUCAUACCGCACCUGUGAUGUCCCUUGAUUUUCACCCUAAGAAAACAGAUCUUUUCUGCUCUUGUGAUGGCAACAAUGAGAUUCGUUUCUGGAACAUCAACGCUGCGAAUUGCUUUCGUGUUAUAAAGGGUGCUAGCACACAAGUACGGUUCCAGCCAAGAUUUGGACAAAUGCUUGCCGCAGCUUCGGAAAACACUGUGUCAAUUUAUGAUUAUGAUAAUGACAGACGUGUCCACUUGUUAAAGGGGCAUUCCGCAAAUGUAAAUUCUGUUUGUUGGAACCCAAGCGGAGAGUUGAUAGCUUCUGUUAGCGAAGACUCUGUUAAAUUGUGGUCUCUGAACUCGGGAGAUUGCAUCCACGAGCUCAGUUCUAGUGGAAACAAGUUCCACUCUUGUGUCUUCCACCCUACUUUUCCCAAUCUCUUGGUCAUUGGUGGCUACCAGUCACUGGAGCUUUGGAACACAAAAGAGAACAAAUGUAUGACAAUACCGGCUCAUGAGUGUGUCAUCUCUGCAUUAGCUCACUCACCUAUGACAGGAAUGAUGGCUUCUGCAAGUCAUGACAAAUCCGUAAAGAUUUGGAAGUAGAUAAAUAUUUGUGUUCUUCAAGAAACGAAAAGGAAAAAACAAAACAGAGCUCGAGUAUUUUUUAGUCUACUUAUUUGUUUAGUGUUUACAUUCAAUAAGUUGUUUAAUGGGUUUGUAUGCGUCAAAAACAAAGGUAUUUCAUAACUCCAAUCUUUGUCUUGUGUGAUCUUUCUUUGGGAUUUUUCUUGUUCUUGUGUUCUAGUGUUUAAGUGGGACAGAGAGGUGUAAGCAAUUUCUCUAGCCAACAAAAUUUGUAGAAAUAUCUUCUCAUAAUUA